AUGCAUACUUGGAAAGGCAUCGUUCGCAUCGAGAACUUCACAAGAGGGAAAUCUUAUACCCUCACACUCUUUAAUUUGGACAUCCAAGCCAUCUCAUUUCUGUUCGGCCUUUUUCAUCAUAGUAAGCAUCUCCCUAGCAACUCGAGUUCAAAAAAACUCGACCCAUUCGCGAUUUCCAACAUGAAGCUUAGUGAUUCUUUGCUCACCGUUCUUUCUCUACUGGUUGCAUACUUUUUCGACCCAGUAGCAGGAGGCGCCUACGACUCAAAACUCAAUUCAGUUGAUAACCACAUGGGACAGUUGGAUUACAAAAUUUCUGAGCUGCAAUCGGUAGCACAAACAAAUGGUCACCUUGAUGUUCUCCAGCUUUGUGGAAGCGCCAAGGAUUCGCUUCGGAAAGCGCAAUCCGCCUGGAAAAACAUAGCCUCUUCUUACGGCGACAAACCUUGGUUGGCCUCCGAUUCCACUUAUAAGGAAAGCGUUGAAGAGCAUUGGUACACAUGUGGCUCCAAACUCGAGAUUGUUUACGGACACCCUAAUGUACUUCCCGAGAAUGGUGGCCAUCCGUCAUAUUCCGAACCGGUUGAAGCUUGCAAGGAAACAUAUGAUACCUGUCAAUCUAGCUUCAAACAUAUCUGGAAUUGGGAGGCUCCCAAACCAGUCGCUAGCGGAGCUUAUUACAAGCGGCAAAACAAGGCGCGAAGGGAUUUAGAAUCAACUGAUUUGAGCCAAUGUCCGUCAGGAGAAACCGCCUGUCCAAUUAGUCCUCAUUCCACAGGCCUUGAAUGCAUAGACGUCCAAUCGGAAUUAACCAGCUGCGGCGGCUGUGUGACUAAACAUGAAGGAGAAAAUUGUAUGGAAAUCCCUGGAGCUGUGGGUGUUGGGUGUCACCUCGGUAGAUGCGUGGUUUUUUCAGUCCAUCCCAGUUACUUCUUGGGUCGUGAGGGCCGUCCAAUUCUUCGAAGGAGGAGAGUAUCAAGCUAG